CAACAGCCCAAGUCUUUCAAGGAUCCCUUAAUCCUCUGCUUGAACGUGGAGCUAGAACUAAAAGCAGAAAAGGACAAUGCCGAAGUUCGAGUGGAGCAAGUGUCGGAAUAUCAGGCAAUUGUCGAUGCCGAAUGGGAGAUCAUCUAUAGAAAGUUGCAGCUCAUCGAGAAGACUGGAGCUAAGGUCGUCUUGAGUAAAUUACCCAUUGGUGAUUUGGCUACGCAAUGGUUCGCAGACAGAGAUAUUUUCUGUGCCGGUCGAGUGCCUGCUCCAGACCUGCGCAGAGUGGUACAAGCCGUUGGUGGGUCAGUUCAGAGCACUUGCUCCGAUAUCAAACCGGAACAUCUCGGGACCUGUGGAAGGUUUGAAGAAAGGCAAGUCGGAGGAGAACGCUUCAAUGUUUUCGAGGAGUGUCCAAAAGCCAAGACUUGCACACUCCUACUCAGAGGUGGGGCAGAGCAAUUCAUCGAAGAGGUCGAAAGAAGUCUACACGAUGCUAUCAUGGUCGUGAAGAGGGCCGUAAAGAACGGCGACGUGGUCGCUGGAGGGGGCGCUAUAGAGAUGGACCUUUCCGCGCAUAUUCGAGACAAGGCGAAUGCGAUGCAAGGCAAAUUGCAGUUCGUCGUUCGAGCCUUUGCGAAGGCACUCGAGAUUAUUCCUCGGCAAAUAUGCGAUAAUGCUGGGCUAGACUCAACAGACGUAUUGAACAAGUUGCGCAUGAGACACUUCCAAGGAGAAAUAUCUGCCGGCGUGGAUGUCGAUGGCCCUGACGGUGUGAGAGACAAUAUGCUCGCAUUCGUUUGGGAGCCUAGUCUCGUCAAGCUCAAUGCUAUCAGCAGUGCAGCUGAAGCAGCAUGCUUGAUUUUGAGCGUGGACGAGACGGUGAGGAAUCCUCAAAGCGAACAACUCCUCCUGGAACUGCUCAACGAGCUCUACGACCAUCAAGAGGUCGUGGAAUACCGCGACGAUGAUCACGCGACGAGACCCUCUUUCAACAAAAUCUAG